AUGAUCAAUGAUGUCAAAAAGGUGGCUAUAUGGGUGAGAUUGUAUGGCAUUCCACUUGAGUUUUGGUCUCCAAAAGGACUUAGCUACAUAGCAAGUGCCAUUGGGAAUCCUCUUUAUAUGGAUGCUGUUACGGAAGGAGGGACAAGAUUAGAGUUUGCACGGAUAUGUAUUGAGAUCAAAGUGGAUGCGGAAUGCCCGGAGACUAUCAACUUAACUCUUCCAAAUGGUGAAAACUUGGUGAUCAAUGUAGAGUAUAGUUGGAAACCACUAAAAUGCAAUGGGUGCCAAUGCUUUGGACACUCCACUGCCAAUUGUCAUUUUGCUCCGAAACAUGAAGGUAGCACAUCUUCAUGGAAAAACCUCAAGGUUGGGGAUGGAAUGAUAGCAACAAAUAAGCUAAUUGGGAAAGACAGUAAACUAAAGGUGGCAAACGGCAAUGACAAAAAGGCCAAAGGUAAAGGCGUGGAGUUUCAUAACUUGGGGGGAAACACAAAUAAGAACAAUAGAUAUUCAGCAUUAGCCAACCAUGAGUCCAAUGAGCAAAUCAAAAGGAGCACAAUGAUGGUAGAAGAGGUAAACCCGGAGAAAACCAAUGAAGAAGUCAUUUCGGUAGGAAAAGAAAAGUUGAAUGAAGCUAGCACUUCCAAGAGUAGUCAAGUUACAACAACAAAAGGAAUAGAUAUGGAGGAAGAAGGAGCUAGUACAAAUGGGGGGGAGGACUUGGUAAUUGAGGGCUCUCCAACAAUAGUCCCAUUCGGAGGAAAACUAAAGGUGGAUGAGAUGGAUUUUAGGAAGAAGGAAGUGGAUGCGAAGACUAUGAACUUGGGGAAAAAAUUGGCAAAGCUCAAGAAAGCAAAUUCCCCUCCACUAUCAUCCAAAUGA